AUGCCUCCAUCUAAAGUUAAUUUUCAUAAAUUUUACCUAUAUUUUGAAAAACUAUGUGGAAACAUAAAAAACUGUGAUAUUUACAAAAACAACCUUAACAACGUCACCAACAAUAUAGCAACAAUAGCUAACAACACCUUUAGGAAAUUCUCACGCCAAGUUAGGCAGGAUAACGAGCCCGAUGACAUCAUGUCACCCCUACAGUCACUCAAAAAAGACAACAGUAUUACCAUCACCAAACCUGAUAAAGGUCGUGGAGUCGUAAUUUUAAAUAAAUGUGACUAUCAACAUAAAUUACUUAAUAUUCUUAGUGACCGCACGAAAUUUAAAAGAAUCACUAUUGAAGUAUCCACCCACUUAUUGUACUUAGAGGACAAACUAAAAAGACUACUUCGUACCAUCAAAUCAUCCAUUAACGAAAACACUUAUAACUUCCUGUCAACAUCUGGCUCCCGUCCUGGUUUACUUUACGGUCUUCCUAAAGUGCACAAACCAAAUAUUCCACUUAGACCCAUUAUCUCUUCCAUUGGCACCUUCAACUAUAACAUUGCAAAAUUUCUUGUCCCCAUUAUCUCCCCUUUAACUGCCAAUCAGUACACUAUAGAAAAUUCUACAUCCUUUGCUAAUGAAAUUACGACCCUUAACUUUAAACAACCAACCACUAUGGCGAGUUUUGAUAUAGAGUCACUCUUUACUAAUGUUCCCCUUCAUGAAACCACCGACAUUAUAGUUAACAAUGUAGACACCUCCCAGCUUACCAAAAUUGGUUUAACAAAAGAUAACUUCAAAAAAUUACUAGAUCUAGCCGCCCACCACUCAGUGUUCACUUUUGAUGAUUGUCUUUAUACCCAAACCAGACGGGGUUGCAAUGGGCUCCCCUUUAGGCCCCUCCUAUGCCAAUGCAUUCUUGUGCCACCAUGA